GGCCCGGCCCGAGCGAGCGAGCCCGAGAGCGAGAGAGCGAGCGAGCGGGCGGGCGGACGAGCGAAGGAGCGAGCGGGCGGGCGCGGCGCGGCGCGGGCGGGCGGGCGAACAUGGCGACGGUGCCCGUGUACUGCGUGUGCCGGCUGCCCUACGACGUGACCCGCUUCAUGAUCGAGUGCGACGCCUGCAAGGACUGGUUCCACGGCAGCUGUGUCGGAGUGGAGGAGGAGGAGGCCCCAGACAUUGACAUUUACCACUGUCCCAACUGUGAGAAGACCCAUGGCAAGUCCACCUUGAAGAAGAAGAGGACCUGGCACAAGCACAGUCCUGGGCAGACACCUGAUGUCAAGCCGGUGCAGAAUGGCAGCCAGCUCUUUAUCAAGGAACUUCGGAGCAGGACCUUUCCUAGCGCUGAGGAUGUGGUGGCCCGCGUGCCAGGCAGCCAGCUGACCCUGGGCUACAUGGAAGAGCAUGGUUUCACCGAGCCCAUCCUUGUUCCCAAGAAAGAUGGACUGGGUCUGUCUGUGCCAGCCCCUACCUUCUACGUCAGUGAUGUGGAGAAUUACGUGGGCCCAGAGCGAAGUGUGGAUGUGACUGAUGUCACCAAGCAGAAGGACUGCAAGAUGAAGCUGAAGGAGUUUGUGGACUAUUACUAUAGCACCAACCGCAAGCGGGUCCUCAACCUCACCAACCUUGAGUUCUCAGACACCAGAAUGUCCAGCUUUGUGGAACCCCCUGACAUUGUGAAGAAACUAUCCUGGGUGGAAAACUACUGGCCAGAUGAUGCGCUGCUGGCCAAGCCCAAGGUGACCAAGUACUGCCUCAUCUGCGUAAAGGACAGUUACACUGACUUCCACAUCGAUUCUGGGGGCGCCUCUGCCUGGUACCAUGUGCUCAAGGGGGAGAAGAUUUUCUAUCUCAUCAAGCCGGCAUCUGCCAAUAUUUCUCUGUACGAGCGCUGGCAGUCGGCCUCCAAUCACAGCGAGAUGUUCUUCGCCGACCAGGUGGACAGGUGCUACAAGUGCACCGUUAAGCAGGGACAGACGCUCUUCAUCCCCUCAGGUUGGAUCUAUGCCACACUCACGCCUGUGGACUGUCUGGCCUUCGCGGGACACUUCCUGCACAGCCUGAGCAUGGAAAUGCAGAUGAGAGCAUAUGAAGUGGAAAGAAGAUUGAAACUGGGCAGCCUGACUCAGUUUCCCAAUUUUGAAACUGCUUGCUGGUACAUGGGGAAACACCUUCUGGAGGCCUUCAAAGGCUCCCACAAAUCCGGGAAGCAGCUGCCACCUCACCUGGUCCAAGGAGCUAAAAUCCUCAAUGGUGCUUUCAGGUCAUGGACGAAAAAGCAGGCUUUGGCAGAACAUGAGGAUGAGCUCCCAGAGCACUUCAAACCUUCACAGCUCAUCAAAGACUUAGCCAAGGAGAUCCGGCUUAGUGAGAAUGCCUCUAAGGUUGCCCGGUCAGAGGUGACUGCGGCUGUAUCCUCUGAUGAGGUCUGUUUUGGGGACCGUGAGAAGGAAGAGCCCCCAUCCCCCAUUGAGGCCAGCCCUCCUCGGUCCUUCCUGGAGAAAGUGUCCAAAAAAAAGACCCCCAAAACCGUGAAGAUGCCCAAGCCAUCCAAAGCCCCUAAAGCUCCCAAGCCCCCCAAAGCACUAAAGCUCAAAGAUGGGAGCAAGAAGAAAGGAAAGAAGUUCAGGGGCUCUGCCUCCCCAACCAUCCCCAAUCUGGACCUGCUGGAGGCCCACACGAAGGAGGCGCUGACCAAGAUGGAGCCGCCCAAGAAAGGCAAGGCCACCAAGAGUGUCCUCAGUGUGCCCAACAAAGAGGUGGUCAAUGCACAGAAUGAUGUGGAGAGGCUGGAGAUCCGAGAGCAGACUAAGAGCAAGUCAGAGGCCAAGUGGAAGUAUAAGAACAGCAAGCCGGACUCCCUGCUGAAGAUGGAGGAGGAGCAGAAGCUGGAGAAGUGCCCACUAUCAGGAAGCAGAGACUCCAAAUUCUCCUUCUCCUUCUCCAACAAGAAACUCCUGGGCUCCAAGGCCCUCAAGCCACAGUCCAGCCCUGGGCUGUUUGGAGCCCUGCAGAACCUGAAGGAGGAUAAGCCCCAGCCCAUCCGAGAUGAGUACGAGUACGUGUCCGACGAUGGGGAGCUCAAAAUCGACGAGUUCCCCAUUAGGAGGAAGAAGAGCACCCCCAAGCGGGACCUAUCCUUCUUACUGGAUAAGAAGGAGCCACCAUCCAUACCGGCCACCAAGCCAAAGCUGGACUCUACACGAUACAAGAGCGAUGACUCUUCAGACGAAGGCUCCUUGCAUAUCGACACUGACACCAAGCCCAGCCGUAACACCAAAGUGAAGAAGGAUGGCGGGAGCUCAGCCGCAGGCAUCCUGGACCUGCUGCAGGCCAGCGAGGAGGUUGGUGCACUCGACUACAACCCCAACAGCCAGCCCCCAGCCUCCCCCAGCACACAGGAAGCCAUUCAGGGGAUGCUGUCCAUGGCCAACCUUCAGGCCUCCGACUCCUGCCUGCAGACCACGUGGGGGGCCGGCCAGACCAAGGGCGGCUCCCUGGGGGCUCACAGCAACCGGAAAAAUGGGGGUGGCAGCAAGAGUGUGGGCAAGCGGCUGCUGAAGAGGACAGCCAGGAACAGCGUGGGCCUGGAUGACUACGAGGAGGAGCAGGAUCACCUGGAUGCCUGCUUCAAGGACUCAGACUACGUGUACCCCUCUCUGGAAUCAGACGAGGACAGCCCUGUCUUCAAGUCCCGGUCCAAGAAGAGGAAAGGUUCUGAUGAUGCCCCCUACAGCCCCACAGCAAGGGUCGGCCCAUCCAUGCCAAGGCAGGACAGACCCAUGCGUGAGGGCACUAGAGUGGCAUCUAUCGAGACAGGGCUGGCAGCCGCUGCAGCCAAGCUGUCCCAGCAGGAGGAGCAGAAGAGCAGGAAGAAGAAGAACACCAAAAGGAAGCUGACUCCCAACAGCACAUCCCCCUCGGCCUCUGCUGGCACCACCCCAGCUGGCACCACCUCUACUGGCACCACGUCUGCCAGCACCCCCUCUGCCAGCACCACCUCGGCUGGCACCACCCCUGCCUCCAGCACCCCCGCCUCCACCAGCACAGCCAGCAGCCAGGCCUCUCAGGAGGGAAGCUCGCCAGAGCCGCCGCCUGAGUCCCAUAGCAGCAGCCUGGCUGACCAUGAGUACACAGCGGCCGGCGCCUUCACUGGGACGCAGGCAGGUCGGGCUGCUCAGCCCAUGGCGCCUGGGGUCUUCCUCACCCAGAGGCGGCUCUCUGCAUCAUCCCCCAACAACACCUCUGCCAAAGGAAAACGUACAAAAAAGGGCAUGGCUACCGCCAAGCAGAGGCUUGGGAAAAUCCUGAAAAUUCAUCGGAAUGGAAAACUUCUCCUUUAAAGUUUAGAGAGCCAGGAUCCUUCUGCUCCGCUCAGGACCCCCCGGAGCCCCGCUAAGACAUCAGCCCCUCAGGAGGGCAGCCAGGCUGCCUCACCCAGGAGGGCCCUGGUGUCCGCCCGCACCCCCUUCCCGGCAAGCGUCUGUUGCUUCGGCUGGCGGAGCUCGCCCCGCGGAUGGACGUCCUUUCUCAAGUUGCUUCGAGUGACCAGUUCCCCCAAAGCGGCGCUGCCAGUUUGAGGACCAAUCCAGUUUCAGGACAGCCUCCAGGACCCCAGGCGCGGGCCUGGCUGCAGGGCCACCCCACCACCACCAUGCUGGCUGUGGGGGCCCAGGAGGCCUUCCAGGAAGGCCUGAGCUAAUGCUCACCAGGCCUGGAGUCGGAGCCGGCCAGAGGCCGGCAGCCUCCAGAGGCUUAAAACACGGCGAAGGACUCUAGAGAGGAGGAGAGAGGGGGUGUCCGUGCCCCUUCUCUUCCUGAGCCACUCUCAGACAAGCCUGAGAGCUCAGCCCGGCUAGGAGGGGCCGCGGUGCUCCCAGGCCAGGUGUUGGGCCAGCGGCAGGGUCAGUGGGCACGGAGUCUCUGUGGGGUGGUGGCCGGCAGGAAGGGCGGGGACCUGGCCACAUGCAGGGCCCUGGGGGCCCAGGCUAAGUAAGCCACAGGGACGGGCCUGUGCCACCGGCCUCGCACACACUCCUGAGAGGCCUCUUCCUUCCCGCUGGAGCUUGUGUCUUGCAGGAUGGUUCCGAGUGCUUGCCCGCUGGCCCACCCAUCCACACGGAGGGGCUGCAUUUGUUUCUCAGGCAAUCCUGUAUUUUAAUUUUAGAUGUAUCUCCUGAAGCAUAUUUUUCAUAGACUGUAGCGUGUAAAUAGCUUUUUAAAUAACUUCUUUUUUAUAAGAGUAAGAGUAUCUUUAGGAGUUUCUUUCUAUAGAGUCCCUCAUUAACAUUUAUACACGUUUUUUGCCGAGUCUGAUAAACAGUUGGGUUUCCCGAUGCUUUUUUUCUUUGGCCCUUUCCUUUUGGUUAUUCUGGUUAUUAGUAUCAUUUGUUCUCUUAGAAAACUAAGGUAUUGCCUGAAAAACAAGUGAUGUCUGUGCGGCCUUAUGUCUGUCUUUUCCAGAAGCCAACAGUGCAAAAGAUCUCUGCCAGACACGUUUGAAGACGAAUCUUCAACCUAAAUACCAGCUACUGUGUCCUUCCUGUAUGAAGAGGGGUGGGGAUGCAGUUCUUUUACUAGCACCUUGUGAAGUGUUUCUGUGUUUUGUGAUGCUGUAAUUUAUUAAUGUUUGUAGCUUUUUAUAUUUGUACAUUUCUUAUGAGCUUUGUUUAUAUACCCAUCCCUGGGUGUUCUGUCCACGAGGGGACGCAGCUUCACGCAGCCUUACCUGCCCGCCCACCUUGUCUGGGGGGAAGCAGCCCAGAGCCUGGGGCUCGUGGGUGGCCCGGAGCCUGACAACUCCCUCCGGGCUCUCAAGGGUUCUUCUCCCAGUCCUCGUGAAACCUUUCUACAAUCUCGCCCGGGCAUCAAGCUGUGCUCUCUCUCUCUCUUUUAUUUUUUUAAUUUUAUUAUUAUUAUUUUUGGCAACAUGUACAUUUCUAACAAAGUUUAUCGUGGCUAUUAAAGUGUUUUAUUUCCCAAUUCAUAUUUACUCUUGUAUCAAGUCCAUGAGGUCUAAGGCAACUUAGAUCAAAGUUUUAAAAGAGUAAAAACUAUUUCAGGUUUUGUACAGAA